UUCUCUCUAACCUCUCUUCCACGGACCCACUAACAAUUCAACGAAAUGUCCACCGAAGAAGACUCUCUCCUAACAGAUCUCUGCACAAUCUGUCACAUCCACCCCCCCAAAUACCGCUGUCCAAGAUGCAGCACCCGAACAUGCUCCCUCCCCUGCUCGAAACGCCACAAACUCUGGUCGCAAUGCUCCGGCGUCCGCGACCCAGCUGCCUACCUGCGCCGCGCCGACCUCGCCACUCCGUCUGCUUUUGAUCGCGAUUUCAACUUCUUGACGGGUAUUGAGCGGGGUCUGGAACGCGCUGAGAGGGAUGUCGAUCGGAGGGAUCUGGCAGCUCCGGCUGUGCCGUCUGGGGUGGAUCCUGCUGUUGUGGGGUUGGAUGGGGAGGGGGAGGGGGUGGAAGGGGGGGGUGUUAAGCGGAGGAGGGUGGGUGAUCAUGCAUUUGCACUCGCGAAAGGCGAAGGUGCGUUUUUGAAUAAUGCGAAAAAUGCGGGCGUGGUUGUGAUUAGGGCGCCUAAAGGGUUGAGUCGGCGGAGGGAGAAUGCUUCGAAGUGGAAUACACGACACAAAUGCCUCAACUGGCUCGUCGAAUGGCUCGCCCCGUGCCAUCCUACGGACUCCGAAAGGAGGAAACUGCGCCAUGUGAUGGAGUCGACUGCGCUGGCGGAUGCGUAUAAUCAGGCUUAUCCGCUGUCUAAGGAGGAGAGGGAUGCACGGGCGGUUUCGACGGAUGACUCCUCUGUACAGAUUCAACAACAGGAGGGGGAGGUAGAGAGGCAGGAUACAGCUACAGAUACAGCUACAGCCACCCCUACCCCUACUCCCACUCCUACAUCCGCAGCUACACCUACCGCUCCAGCUCCAACGACAGCUCCAGCUCCCCCCACCACAACACUCACCCCCAAAACACCAACACCAAACCGCAAAAUCCACCUCUACCUGCACCGUCCCCGCACGCCCACCAAACACCCAGUCCUCAUCCCGCUAUCCGCGACCUCAUCGCUAGCAGCGGCUCUUAAAGAUCACACCGUUCUUGAGUUUCCUACUAUUUACGUGCUGCCUUAUUCGCCGGAACGGCUGUUUGGGGGUGGGGAGGAGUCUUUGCCGUUUAUCUUGGAGGAGGUGUUUCUUAGAGAGAAUCCUGAUUUACGGCUUCAGCUUGAAGGUGAAGUUGAAGUUGAGAAUGGGAGUGGGAGUGGUGAAGGGGGAGAAGAUGGGGAAGUCGAUCUAGGAAACAUCGACGAAGGGACUGUUGUGGAGAUGUUGCAGAAGGAUUUACUGGUUCCUGCUGAUUCUUAA